ACGGCAGCGGCGGCACCGGAAGUGGCGAGUGGCCUGCGCGCGGAUGGCUGUGGCGGCGGUGGCGGCGAUGACGGCGGCGGGCGGCGGCGGGGCCGGCGCGGCCCGCUCCCUCUCGCGCUUCCGCGGCUGCUUGGCCGGCGCGCUGCUCGGGGACUGCGUGGGCGCCGUCUACGAGGCCCACGACACCGUCGACCUGACGUCAGUGCUUCGUCACGUGCAGAGCCUGGAGCCGGACCCCGGCACGCCCGGGAGCGCGCGGACAGAAGCCUUGUACUAUACAGACGACACAGCCAUGGCCAGGGCCCUGGUGCAGUCCCUGCUUGCCAAGGAGGCCUUCGACGAGGUGGACAUGGCUCAUAGGUUUGCUCAGGAGUACAAGAAAGACCCUGACAGGGGUUACGGUGCAGGAGUAAUCACUGUCUUCAAGAAACUCCUGAACCCCAAGUGCCGCGAUGUCUAUGAGCCUGCCCGAGCACAGUUUAACGGGAAAGGCUCUUAUGGCAAUGGGGGUGCCAUGCGGGUGGCUGGCAUCCCCCUGGCCUAUAGCAGCAUCAAGGAUGUGCAGAAGUUUGCCCGGCUCUCGGCCCAGCUGACACAUGCCUCCUCCCUGGGUUACAAUGGCGCCAUCUUGCAGGCCCUGGCUGUGCACUUGGCUUUGCAGGGUGAGUCGUCCAGUGAGCACUUUCUCGAGCAACUUCUGGACCACAUGGAGGAGCUGGAGGGUGAUGCCCAGUCUGUCUCGGAUGCCAGGGAGUUGGGCAUGGAGGAGCGACCAUACUCCAGCCGACUGAAGAAGAUUGGAGAGCUUCUGGACCAGGACUCAGUGACCAGAGAGGAAGUGGUGUCCGAGCUAGGGAAUGGCAUUGCUGCCUUUGAGUCAGUGCCCACCGCCAUCUACUGCUUCCUGCGCUGCAUGGAGCCUGACCCCGAGAUCCCCACUGCCUUCAACAGCCUCCAAAGGACUCUCAUCUAUUCCAUCUCCCUUGGUGGGGACACAGACACCAUUGCCACCAUGGCAGGGGCCAUUGCUGGUGCCUACUAUGGGAUGGAUCAGGUGCCAGAGAGCUGGCAGCAAAGCUGUGAGGGCUAUGAGGAGACAGAUGUCCUGGCCCAGAGCCUGCACCGGGUCUUCCAGAAAAGUCCAUGAGGGCCAUGGCUGCUGGGGCUCUGCUAGGUCCAGCGGAACCAACUACAGCUCAGAUUGGAAACCCUGAGGUUCUGGGAGCUUGGCUCCCCUGCCUUGGUCUUCCUGCAGUGUGGGGCUGAGUGCACCAGUGGGGCUGGAGUCCCUUGUAGGGAGGUCAUUGGAGCAGCGAGUGAGGGACUGGGGCCUCGCUGGUACUGGGUCUCUGGCUCACUGCAGAGCUGUGGAGUCCUCCCAGCCUUCAGUGAGACUGAGGGGCCAGGGCGGGUUUACUUUGGAGGGUACUUAUGGCAUUUUCUUUUAUUAUCUAGGAUGUGGGGUUGGGGAGGUGGAAAUGAUCUGCAGUGGCAUCAUUUCUCCUUGUUGGGUUUUAGCCCACUUGCCAGCAAGCCUGUCUGACUGGGCACGGCCCCCGAGCAGCAGGUUAUGUGGAUGAAGGGACAGGCACUUGCACCCGGCUGAUCGGGGUCACGCCUGGCUCUUAGCUGUCCUGGACUUGUUAACAGUUUCCAGUGGAAGUCAAGCAAUAAAACAGUUUUUGGUGAAUCCC